AGGAGCUCAGAGCCCUGACUGCCUGCCUGCCGGCCGGCCCAACAACUCCUCCCCGUUGACUGCAGCGAACGUGGCAGGCUGAAGAGGCUGGUGCAGAAGCGCUUCCCGGGCUUGCCCCUCCCCGGCCAUUUUAGAGUCUGGAGCCGGCAAGAAGCGGGGCGUGGAGGGCUCAACAUCGAGACGCGCCGGGAGCUACUGGCGAAGGAACGCCGCCGCCGCGAGGCCUGAGCGGCCAGUUCCGUCUCCUUCAAGGCCGCUGCAGUCCCUUUCAGCUGUGUCACUGAAGAAAAAUGAUGGAGGAGAGUGGUAUAGAGACAACUCCACCUGGAACCCCUCCACCAAGCACAGCAGGGGCUACUGCUGCCGCCACCCCAGCCCCCAUCUCAUUAGCUGCUCCACUUCCUCCUCCAGACUUAUCUUCUGCCUCAUCUUUUCCUCCCCAAACAUUCUCCUCACCUUUACCACCCACACUGUCCUCACUUCCUUCUAUGAUAUCUCCAGCUCCUUUGCCUUUUGUGCCUUCUGCAUCAAUUUCAACUGGUGCCCCCCUUGCUGUUCAUAAUCCACCUUCAGUAGCCCCUCCAAUCACAUCAGCUUUCUGCAGUUCUGCUCCCCACCUCACACCACCUCCUCCACUAAGUUCUGCUCCUGGCCCUGUGCUUUCUGCACCCCCGACUGGUCCCCCCAUUUCAGGUUUUUCUAUUACUUCCACCUAUGAUAUUACCAAAGGUCAUGCUGGCCGAGCACCACAGACACCACUGAUGCCAUCAUUUUCUGCGCCUCCAGUCACAGGUGUCCUGACAACCGGUGUAACACAGCAGACUUCUGUACCACCAUCAUUAGCAUCUGGUACUGGAAGUGGUUCCGCAAUUACUUUCCCAGAGGAGCGUGAAGACCCCAGGGUAGUUGGCAUGCCAAUGGAAGCAUCUGCCGGAGGACUGUGGGGCUUCAUAAAAGGUGUAGCUGGAAAUCCUAUGGUGAAAUCAGUACUUGAUAAAACCAAACAUUCUGUAGAGACCAUGAUCACAACACUGGAUCCUGGCAUGGCUCCUUACAUCAGAUCUGGGGGAGAGUUGGACAUAGUUGUCACUUCUGUAAAAGAGGUCAAGGUUGCAGCCAUAAGAGAUGCUUUCCAAGAAGUUUUUGGAAUGGCCACAGUUACAGGAGAAGCUGGACAGUCAAACAUUGCACCACAACCUGUCGGCUAUGCAGCUGGGUUGAAAGGAGCCCAAGAAAGGAUUGACAGCUUGCGCAGGACAGGAGUGAUACACGAGAAACAGCCUGCUGUGUCUGUUGAGAAUUUUAUCGCAGAACUGCUUCCUGACAAGUGGUUUGACAUUGGUUGCCUAAUUGUAGAGGAUCCAAUUCAUGGUAUUCAUCUUGAAACAUUUACACAGGCAACACCAGUGCCUCUGGAAUAUGUACAACAGGCUCAAAGUCUGACUCCUCAGGAUUAUAACCUAAGAUGGUCAGGUUUACUGGUUACAGUGGGUGAAGUGCUAGAAAAGAACUUACUGCACGUCAACAGAACAGACUGGCAUGUUGCAUUCACUGGCAUGUCCCGUCGACAAAUGAUCUACAGUGCAGCCAAGGCUAUAGCAGGAAUGUACAAGCAAUGUUUGCCACCGAGGACCAUUUGAAAGGGGGAGGGGAAACCUCUGAACUUUGAAGAACAUUCAUUCCUCGGAUGGGUUUUGGAAGAAACUGUUUUAUCUCCAGCUAUCCAGCAAUCCUAUACAGAUGCACCUCAGCUUUGUACUCUACAUAUCAACUGUACAUUUUUAGUUGCUGUAGAUUUUCCGGGUUGUGUGGUUGUGGUCUUGGCAUUGUAGAACCUGACUUUUG